UCUAGUCAAUAUGCCGACCUUCAAGGCCCCAGAAGAGAGGCUCAGAAAAUUUAAGUACCACGGCAAAGAUAUGUUUAUGAGGCGGCAGCAGCGGAUGGCUGUCAGCUUGGAGCUCCGGAAGGCCAAGAAAGAUGAGCAGGCCUUAAAGAGAAGGAACAUCACCCAUGUCUGCACAGACAAAGCUUCUUCUGGACAACUGUUUGAAGAGGUCAACCUCACCCUGCUUGAAAUAAUCAAAGGUGUGAAUACCUCCGAUCCAGACCUGUGUUUCCAGGCCACGCAGGCAGCCAGGAAAAUGCUGUCCCGGGAAAAGAACCCUCCUCUAAAAUUGAUUGUAGAAGCAGGGCUCAUUCCCAGGCUGGUGGAGUUCCUGAAGUCUUCCCUUCAUCCAUGCUUGCAGUUUGAGGCAGCCUGGGCUCUGACGAACAUUGCUUCAGGGACUUCAGAUCAGACCCGCGCUGUUGUGGAAGGGGGAGCUAUCCAGCCCUUAAUUGAGCUCCUGUCUUCUCCCCAUAUGACUGUGUGCGAACAGGCAGUGUGGGCUCUUGGCAAUAUAGCAGGGGAUGGCCCACAGUUCAGAGACAUCAUCAUCUCCAGCAAUGCUGUCCCACAUUUGCUUGCCCUGGUUUCAUCUACCAUACCAAUCACAUUUCUGCGGAACAUCACGUGGACCUUGUCCAACCUGUGCCGAAACAAGGACCCGUACCCUUGUGACGAGGCGGUGAAGCAGAUGCUGCCCACCCUCUUCCACCUUCUGCAGCACCAAGACAGUGAGGUCCUCUCCGACACCUGCUGGGCCCUGUCCUACCUCACCGAUGGCUGCAACAAGCGCAUCGGCCAAGUGGUUGACACGGGGGUCUUGCCCCGGCUGGUGGAGCUCAUGGCCAGCUCAGAGCUCAAUGUCUUGACCCCCUCUCUCCGCACUGUGGGGAACAUCGUCACGGGGACAGAUGGCCAGACGCAGGUGGCCAUUGACGCUGGCAUGCUGCAUGUGCUGCCCCAGCUCCUGAUACACCCCAAGUCCUCCAUCCAGAAGGAGGCCGCCUGGGCCCUGAGCAACGUGGCGGCGGGGCCCUGCCAGCACAUCCAGCAGCUAAUUUCUUACGGCACGCUGCCUUUCUUGGUGGCGCUGCUCAAAAAUGGAGAAUUUAAAGUUCAGAAAGAGGCUGUCUGGACAGUCGCUAACUUCACAAUGGGGGGCACCUUGGACCAGUUAAUCCAGCUUGUCCACUCUGGAGUCUUGCAGCCACUGGUGAAUCUGCUCACUGUCCAAGACACCAAGAUUGUUCUCAUCAUCCUUGAUAUCAUCUCUAAUAUCUUCCAGGCUGCAGGGAGACUUUCUGAGAAGGAAUACCUGUUUCUCCUGAUUGAGGAAGUUGGUGGAAUUGAUAGAAUCGAGGCCUUGCAGCUCCAUGAGAACCGCCAGGUUGCCCUGACUGCCUCAAACAUUAUUGAGAACCACUUCUGUGAGGAAGAAGAAAAUGACAUACAACAUCCAGACCUAGACCACGACCAUGAAUUGUUUAAAAAUACCAAAGUCUCACAGCUUCUAAGCCAACAACCAGGUUCUAAGGGAAGCUUCUUUAAGAAGUAG